AUGGUGAAAGUAGUUACAAAAUGUGGCGCCACGUUAUCACCCAGUCACGCUGGCAACACGCCACGUUCUCCUCCUCACAUCCUCCCGCCAACUUCGCGCUUUCUUUCCACCAAAACCGAACAUAAGAUUCUUCACAUGCACGUUUGUUUUUUUUGCACAAACAAACAGAUUGAUUGUCUUUGGCAUCGAGUUAGGGUUUAUUUACGGUGAAAUAUGAGCAGAUUAAGAGGAAUUCCCCCAGGUAUUUUAAUCAUAAGAAGCAUCAGGGGUAAAGAUUGGAGCUUAAAAACGUAUAGAUAUCUAAUUCUGUUAGUUACAUUCAUCGCGUACACUGCCUAUCACGCUUCCAGAAAACCUAGCAGCAUCGUCAAAAGCGUCUUGGAUCCCCUCCCACUCAAGGACUCCUCCUCCUCCAAUCAUGUCCUCCCGUGGCCGAUUGGCGACGUUUUCAUUAAAUCCAACCUGAAUGAUACUACUAAUUCCGAGGAUCCGGGGUGGGCUCCCUUCAACGGCAAGGACGGUACCUCGAAAUUGGGGGAAAUAGAUGUUGCAUUUCUGGCUGUUUAUUCCUUAGGGAUGUAUGUUGCCGGUCAUUUAGGGGAUACCUUGGAUCUCCGGUUGUUUCUAACAACUGGGAUGAUUGCCAGUGGGAUAUUCGUUGGGUUGUUCGGGAUGGGUUACUUUUGGAAUGUUCAUAAGUUUUGGUACUUUUUAGCUAUGCAAAUGUUGGCUGGCUUGUUUCAGGCAACCGGAUGGCCCUCCGUGGUUGCCGUCAUUGGUAACUGGUUUGGUAAACGAAGGAGAGGCUUGAUAAUGGGGGUAUGGAAUGCCCACACCUCUGUAGGUAAUAUUAGUGGUUCGCUUCUUGCGGCUAGUGUCUUGGAUUACGGUUGGGGUUGGUCCUUUAUUCUUCCUGGGGCCUUUAUUGUGGUUGCUGGAGUUAUGGUGUAUCUCUUCCUGGCUGCUUAUCCCGAAGACGUGGGCUUUCCUUAUCCCAGUGAUUCUUCUCCGAAUGCAAGAGGAACCAUCCGCGAUGAUACUAUGUGGGAAGAAGGUACUUCCAAUGAUGAAGAAGCGCCUGUCCCCAGAAUUUCCUCUGUCAACCGAAAAGGGGUUGGAUUUGUUGGAGCUUGUUUUAUACCUGGAGUUAUUCCCUUUGCAUUAUGCCUCUUCUUUUCCAAACUUGUAGCAUACACAUUUCUCUUUUGGUUGCCCUUCUAUCUUAGCCAAACAGAAAUUGGCGGAGAGCGUAUGUCCGUAAAAUCUGCAGGAAACCUGUCUACUCUGUUUGAUGUAGGUGGGAUUGUGGGUGGAAUUUUAGCCGGAUAUAUAUCUGAUAAACUUAGGGCCCGAGCCACAACAGCAGCCAGUUUUAUGUAUGCAGCCAUUCCAUCAAUGCUUUUAUAUCGUUCAUAUGGAAACAUCUCGAAAACCACCAACAUCAUACUCAUGAUUAUUGCGGGUUUAUUUGUUAACGGUCCAUACGCACUUAUAACAACAGCAGUCUCUGCAGAUCUUGGUACACACAGUUCCCUAAAAGGUGAUUCUCGGGCCUUGGCAACCGUAACUGCUAUUAUUGACGGUACUGGUUCCAUUGGGGCUGCUUUGGGCCCGCUUUUGACUGGUUUCCUUUCAACAAAAGGGUGGGAUGCGGUAUUUGCUAUGUUGAUGAUUGGUGCAUGUAUUGCGGGUUUACUUUUAAGUCGUUUGGUGUGUACUGAACUCACUGAUAGAACCGCUUCAAAUAGUCCUCGUGGACUGAGCAAUGUCCAAGUCCAAGCUCCUUUAUCGCAAUCACUUUUACGCGACGGGAGGAGGUAGUCAGUCCUUGGUGAGCAAUGCUGACACCUUUUAGGCCGUCAAGCACAAGUACAAGAAGAAGAAGAAGAAGAUAC